AUGUCAAUGGUGGUGAGUCGUGACCAUGCACGGACACCAUAUGGUCCUGGGGUGGUUUUCACGCUGCUGGUCAACCACCAACGGCCAGCGGUUUAUGGCGCUGCUAAGCUGCAUUACCCAGGUAGGGUCAAGUCACAACCUGGAAUAUCAAUUCAGACAACCACUUUGGAAGCCUCUUUGCUCAAUAGACUUGCCUCCGGUGCCUCCCUUGACCAUCGAAUGGCCGCAGUUCAAAUCGUCACGGCCGUGGACAUCCCCGGCAUUCACCAUGCGCCUACCGCCCAGGAUUGUGCAGAAUGCCGAAAUGUCUCCAAUAGUCUUCCUCAGCCUGAAGAUCAGCCCGAGAUAUCCGACACGGCGUUAAUGAGCUUGGGCGAGCUUUUUGUUCGUCAUGGUGCCCAUGAUGCCUUUGGCAUACAUCUCCUUCAUGCCCAUUUUCAGAUCCCUGUUGAUACCGCCUUGUGUGGCGCCCAAGUCAAGAUCUCGGACAAUUCCGAGUCCUGCUGGACCAAACCUCUUUUGGCAAAGGAGCUGGCCACAAGGACCAAACCCAGACUGAACUCCUUGUCGGGCCACAGAGCACUCUGA